AUGCAACAACCUCUGAGGACAGAAUUUUGCAAGGAAGUUCUCCGAUCAACAGAGCAGUGCAAAUUUAUCGUCUCUGUAGUGUUAAAGCACAAUCAGAUGAGCACGGCACUUGGUGGAGGUGCUGGAUCAUCAGCAACAGGAUCAGAUAAGAAUACAUCAUCAAAUAACAAAUCAAAAACAAAUAAUACAUCGGAGAAGAAUGUACCACUUUCAAAGAGUACAGCUGUUUUUGCAAAGAAGGAAUUGGAAUCAGUGUUGUUAGCACUUGUUGGUAACUCUGAUAAACCAACAAAUCUUGCUAUUAUGAUUUUGGAAUAUUCAGUUGAAACAAAUAGCUUCCGAAUAAGAGAUUUUCAACCAAUCAAGAGACAAGAUUUUGGAGUUAAAAUUGUGGAUGAAACACACUUUGAUCUAUUCUUUAAAAGACAAGCUAUUGUUUAUAAUUUUCAAAGCGAAUCAGCAAGUUCACAAUGGUUAAUUGUUUCUUCACUUUUAAAAGCUUGUAAACUUGUUAAUGAUGCUACACCUGAACCUAAUGAAAUUAUUGUGGAGCAACCAGUGGUCAAAACUCCUGUCAGCAAUACUCCAUCAAAUCGCUCAUCAAUUCUUAGGUCAACUAAUGAAAUGUCAUUAACAGAAUUUUUGGUUGAUGCAGAAACAAAUUUUGAAAUAAUACCAUCACCUUCCACUGAAUCAGAAUGGUGUAAUCAUUACAUUCAAAGAAUGCAAAAAGACAAGGCACAAAAAGUCAAAAACGAUGAAUGUCAAGACAUCUCCAUUGAUAUGUUCAAAAAAACAAAUCGUCAAACCUCCCUCUCGCAAAAUGGACCAAAUCAAUCGAAUGAUAUUGCUCAAAAAGCAACCAUUAAUACAGCAACAGAUACUCUCUCACAAGAAGUUUCAAGAAAGGACAAUUGGAUUCAAAGACAACUCAAGCUUAAGGAAGACGAGUUCACUGAAGUGACACCAAUUUCUAUUGUUGUUUGUGCAUGGAAUGUGAAUAACAAGUUCCCAUCUGCUGACUCUAGUUUGGCCAAAUGGCUUCAUCUCGAUGAAUUUGAGGCUGAUAUCUAUGCUAUUGGUAUGCAAGAAAUAGACAUGACUGCAGCAUCACUUUUGAAAGAAGAAACUGAAACUGGUCAAGAAUGGCAAAACCUUCUUAUCAAGACAUUUGCUGAUGAGGCCAAACAAAACAGAUACAAACUCGUAUCUGCCAGACAACUUGUCGGUAUUUAUCAUGCCAUUUUCAUUAAGGAAUCCUUUGCUAAUGAUAUUAAUGAAGUAAGAAAUUGUGCUGAAGGUGUUGGUAUCAUGGGCAUGAUGGGUAACAAGGGUGGUGUUGGUGUCAGAUUCAAACUUUUUGAUUCUACAUUCUGUUUUAUUACAGCUCACUUGGCUCCUCACAUGGGAGCUGUCGAGAGAAGAAAUCAAAACUUCCACGAUAUUGUUAAAAAGACAGAUUUUGGAAAUCCAUCACUUUAUAGACCUGACCAACACGACUUCUUCUUUUGGUAUGGAGACUUGAACUAUAGAAUCAAUCAACCAAAUUUGAUUGUCAGAGAAAAAAUCAAACAACAAGAUUACAAAUUCCUUCUCAAAUAUGACCAAUUAAUGAUUGAGAAAAACGCCAAGAAUGCAUUUGUUGGGUUUGCUGAAGGUGAAAUUAAUUUUGACCCAACCUACAAGUUCGACAGUGGUACUGAUGUGUAUGAUACCAGUGAAAAGGGACGUGUACCAUCUUAUACGGAUCGUAUCUUGUGGAGAGAGGAUGAGAAGAGUACCAUCGUACACAAAUCUUACAAAUCAUUCAAGGAAUAUAAAAUGUCAGACCACAAGCCAGUGACUGCCUGCUUUGAAGUUGGUGUAAAGAAGAUUGUUGAGGAAAAGUACAAGAAAUGCUACUUGGAUAUCAUCAAAAUGUUGGACAAACUUGAAAAUGAUUUGUUACCAGAAGUUGCCAUCACUGGCCAAUGCAUUGAUUUCGAAGCUGUAAAAUAUGAGGAACCAAUCACCCAAACCAUCCUUCUCAAGAACACAGGCCAAGUUGUUUGCGAAUACCAAUUUGUGCCUCAGCCACAUGAAAAAGCUCCAUGUAAACCAUACAUGACAAUUGAACCUUUGGAAGGAUAUGUUAUUCCAGGUGAAACUGAAGAAAUCAAGGUUACAAUUUCAGUAAGCACCCAAAAAGCACUAAAAUUAUUGAGUGGUGAGGACAAGAUUGACGAUAUUCUUAUCCUUCACUUGAAGAAUGGUAGAGAUCACUUUAUUUCCAUUACAGGUACAUAUAUUCAAUCAUGUUUUGGAUCUACUCUGGAUAAAUUGGUCAAACAAAAGUGCCCAGUACUAAAAAGUGAGAGCGAUGUAGAGUUGUCAUCAUUCGAUAAGGACUUGAAGAUACCUAAGGAACUGUGGAGACUUAUCGAUUUAAUCUAUCACAAUGGCAUGAAAGAGGAAGGAUUAUUUAAAUAUUCGGGUGCUGCUAGAGAAGUUCACUAUAUAAGACAAUGUCUCGAUGAAGGAUCACCACUCCUUAAUCCAGUUUCAAAUCAUUCCAUUGCAGAAUCUUUAAUGACAUUUUUGGAAUCUUUGAGAGAGCCUGUUGUCCCAUUCAAGUUUUAUCAAAUGUGCUUGAAUGCUAGCACAAAUUCUGCAACUUGCCACCAUCUUAUUUCCAUGUUACCUGAUGUACAUUUUAACACUUUCCAUUAUUUAAUGUCAUUCUUGAGAGAGGUUUUAAAGUAUAAGAAAUUCAAUAGUUUAACAUUGGAGGAAGUUGCCAUAAUUUUCUCUCGUGUUCUUCUCAGAUCUCCACUUCAAGAAAAAGCUCACCAUACCCACGACGAAUCAUUAAAAUACUACGAGGAGCAAAAGGCUAAGGCACAAUUUAUAGGACACUUCCUCAAGGAAGAUAAGGUUUGGACUAGGGAUGAAGUAUUGAGAAGUGACGAAUUGGAAGAAGAUCUCUUUGAUGCUCAGGAUGAUGAUGUUUCUUCUGAACUUGCAUCAGAUAGUACCUCAUUCUCCCUCCUUCAAAAUGAUCAACUUAAAACUUCAGAAUCCAAUUCUCAUUCCAAUAAUCAACAGUCAACUUCCCAACCACUUUCUGCUGAUGAAUUCUUGUAAAAUGCUAGUAAAUUUAAAUUUAUUGU